GAGAGACAGGCCCUGCCCAACCCCGGCCGCUAGGGCAGGAGUGAAGGCGGACCGUCAGCCCCUGGGCCUUGCAGCUCCGAGAGUCGCCUGUAGAGCCGUGGAGCAUGCUGACUGCUCCGGACUCUGCCUGGAGAAACGCACAUCUUCACGUGACUUUGUGUUUGAGUUCUCCUCUGCUCCUCGCCUAACCCCGGUCCCGAGGUCUUCGCUCCAGGGCUGGGGGUUUGGAGCCAGUCAGAGAUCACGCACAUCAUCUUGGGGAUCCACAGUGUAACCGGACCUGCAGGUCCUCAGAAGUCAUCUGGACAUAGCACCUUAUAGGCUCACAGCUCAGAGAAGGUGGAGUUCCAGAUAGGAAAUGACUUGUCUGAGCUCCUGCAGGAAAUUACACUUAGCACCUGCUUUUUAACACUGUGUUUUGCAAGACAUGUUUGCUGGGGGUCUUCCCUCCUGAAGAAUGGCAUCAGCUUGUCAGAGGCUGCGUUUUUAUGCCUGUCCUCUGACAAGGCAGCUCGUCUGUGGGCCACCUGUCAUCCAGUGGGAAAGAAGAACAAUUCCAGCGUGUGCCAGAAGUAUUUACAGUGCCACAGGGACGUGGACGAAGGAGUACACACUACAGACCAGAAAGGAUGUUGAGAAUUGGUGGCAUCGACAGAUAAAAGAGCAGGCGUCCAGAAUUUCAGAGGAUGAUAAAUCGAAGCCCAAAUUCUAUGUGCUCUCCAUGUUCCCAUACCCUUCUGGCAAGCUGCACAUGGGCCACAUACGAGUCUACACCCUCAGUGACACCAUUGCGAGGUUCCAGAAAAUGAGAGGCAUGCAGGUUAUCAAUCCCAUGGGGUGGGAUGCAUUUGGAUUGCCUGCCGAAAAUGCUGCCAUCGAGAGGAAUUUGCACCCAGAAAGCUGGACCCAAAGCAAUAUUAAAUAUAUGAGGAAACAGCUUGACCGCCUCGGCCUGUGCUUCAGCUGGGACAGGGAAAUCACUACCUGUUUGCCAGACUACUACAAAUGGACGCAAUACCUGUUUAUCAAACUCUACGAAGCUGGACUGGCCUAUCAGAAGGAGGCCUUGGUUAACUGGGAUCCAGUAGAUCAAACGGUGUUGGCCAAUGAGCAAGUGAAUGAAUAUGGCUGUUCAUGGCGUUCUGGAGCCAAAGUGGAGAAGAAAUACCUCCGACAGUGGUUCAUUAAGACAACUGCAUAUGCAAAGGCUAUGCAGGAUGCAUUGGCAGACCUCCCAGAGUGGUACGGAAUAAAGGGCAUGCAGGCCCACUGGAUUGGGGACUGUGUAGGCUGUCACCUGGAAUUCACAUUAAAGGUUGAUGGACAAGACACAGGAGAGAAACUGACAGCAUACACAGCCACUCCUGAGGCCAUUUAUGGCAUUUCCCAUGUGGCCAUUUCUCCUAACCACAGGCUUCUACACGGCUGCAGUUCCCUGAAGGAACCCUUGCAGAAGGUACUAGUCCCUGGCAGAGAUUGCCUCACACCAGUGAUGGCUGUGAACAUGCUCACCCAGCAGGAAGUUCCCAUCGUUGUCAUGGCCAAGGCUGACUUAGAAGGUUCUCUAGAUUCAAAAAUAGGAAUCCCCAGCACCAGCUCAGAGGACACCAGCAUAGCCCAAGCCCUGGGCCUGCCCUACUCUGAAGUCAUUGAAACUUCACCAGAUGGCACAGAGAGACUGAGUGGAUCUGCUGAGUUCACAGGUAUGACCCGGCAGGAUGCCUUUCUAGCCCUUACUCAGAAAGCCCGUGGGAUGAGAGUAGGUGGAGACGUGACAAGUGAUAAACUGAAAGACUGGCUGAUCUCAAGGCAGCGCUACUGGGGCACACCGAUCCCCAUUGUCCACUGCCCAGCCUGUGGCCCUGUGCCCGUGCCGCUGCAAGACUUGCCUGUGACGCUGCCCAGCAUCACAUCCUUCACUGGCAAAGGCGGCUCCCCACUGGCCUCAGCUUUGGAGUGGGUGAACUGUCCUUGCCCAAGGUGCAAGAGACCAGCCAGGAGAGAGACAGACACCAUGGACACCUUUGUGGACUCUGCGUGGUACUACCUCAGAUACACUGACCCUCAAAACACUCAUCGUCCAUUUAGCCCAGCACUGGCCAACUUCUGGAUGCCUGUGGAUUUGUACAUCGGAGGGAAAGAGCAUGCUGUCAUGCACUUGUUCUAUGCAAGAUUCUUUAGUCAUUUCUGCCAUGAUCAAAAGAUGGUGAAGCACAGGGAGCCGUUCCAUAAACUGCUAGCCCAAGGCCUCAUCAAGGGACAGACAUUCCGCCUUCCAUCUGGACUGUGUCUAAAGAGGGAGGAUAUAGAUUUCACAGGUCCAGCCCCUGUUUGUGCAAGAACAAAAGAGAAGUUAGAGGUAACAUGGGAGAAGAUGAGCAAGUCCAAACACAACGGUGUGGACCCCGAGGAGAUCGUGGCACAGUAUGGGAUUGACACAGUCCGGCUCUACAUCCUCUUCGCAGCCCCUCCUGAGAAGGAUAUCUUGUGGGAUGUAAAGACCGACGCGCUCCCUGGAGUGCUGAGGUGGCAACAGCGGCUGUGGUCCCUGACAACACGGUUCAUCGAGGCAAGGACUCGAGGGUCAGCCCCCCAACCCCAGCUGUUGAACAACAAGGAGGAAACCAAGGCCCGAAACCUCUGGGAGUACAAGAACUCAGUCAUAACUCAGGUAACCACCCAUUUCACAGAGGACUUUGCACUGAAUUCUGCAGUUUCACAGCUGAUGGGACUCAGUAGUGCCCUCUUGCAAGCCUCUGACAGAGUGGUUCUCCACAGCCGUGAGUUUGAGGACGCUCUGUGUGCCCUGCUGGUGAUGGCUGCCCCCAUGGCUCCUCACAUAACCUCAGAACUCUGGGCAGGCCUGGCGCUGGUACCAAGCAAGCUCUGUGACCAUUAUGCCUGGGAUGCCGGUGUGAUGCUUCAGGCCUGGCCCACUGUGGACUCUGAAUUUCUUCAGCAGCCCGAUGUGGUGCAGAUGGCCAUUCUGAUCAACAACAAGGCCUAUGGCAAGAUCUCUGUGCCCCAGCAAGUUGCCCAGGACCAGGACAAAGUCCAUGAAUUUGUUCUCCAGAGUGAGUUGGGCACCAGGCUGUUGCAGGGGAGAAGCAUCAAGAAGGCCUUCCUCUCCCCCAGGACUGCCCUCAUCAAUUUCCUGGUACAGGAGUGACCAGGGUUCAAGGACCCUCCUUCCCUGCCCAGAUCAAGGAAAGGAAUGUUAGCUUAGGAAAAGAGAAGAGACAAACAUCAGGGACAUUGGCCUUUGUGCCAGGACAGACUGAAGUCAGCAGGGGCCUGCGUGCUGAGGCCUGAACCUAGGAGAGAAUGGAUGUGGACAAAGAGGAACAAGGAGAGAAAAUUCAUUUCGUUGUCCUGUGACCCUUCAUUCCCACUCAGGUUGUGAAGCUACCAGAGAUGCUGCUGGGUGGGAGCAAGGAGAAAAACAAGACUGGCAAGCAGCCAGGAGCUUUUGCAUCUACCUCUGGUACUGUCUCGGAUACAUCUCCAGGAGUCAUGUAGACUAGAGGAGCCAUUUAGGGUCAGGAGCUGCAUGGUGUCAGGUGGUCAGAUGGUGCAGGCUGGGCUUGCUUUACAGGAUGGAUCUUUUCAGCGUCUCACUUGUGGAACUGGACACGGACACUGGCAUCUCUACAAACUGUAUGUCUCCAGCACCUUUCACCUGUGUCACACAGCUCUCUUCUACUCCAGCUGAGUGGCCUGUUCUGAGUCUGAUGUACAUGCUCUGGGAUAGGACUCCACUUAUGAGCCUGAACAGAAAGACUGUGUCAUAGCCACUGUUUCAGUGUGUAGAGUGUGCUCUGUGGUUAGUGAAACUGUCCUGAACUGCCAAUCCCCUCCAGAGCUCCAUCACAGCCCAGCAGGGGUUUGGACCCUAGAUGGCUCACAUGGGCCUCAGAUAGUGCUACCACUGUUAUCCCAGUUUGGUCCCCAGAAUGUCACUAGCAAAAGCAAGUUCAUCAAAAAGGAGUAGAAUUGUUGCUUCCUGGUUGUCACCUCCUGUGUCCAAGCUGCUAUGAGUGAGCUGUUUAGGAGACGGCCAGGAAUGGAGUCAGCUCAACAGUUAAUUAAACACAGCUGAUUUUAUGAGAGUCAUUAUUAGUGAAGUGCUCUUACAGACAUGGCCUGAGCAAGGGUUCAGUACUCAGUUGGGGGGAGGAGAGAAGAACCUAGCCAUCUCAGGAUGCUUUACCUCUGUGUCUGUAAUCUGAUGUCACCCAGAGGUAACUGUCAUUUUCUCCAACCAUUCAGACGCCUUUUAGUGUCAUAAACAUCUAUCACUUUGAGACAUAUCUGUGAUGUUGGAAGAGCUCUAUGUUCCAGUUCUAAGGGUUAAUUGGAAGCAGACCAACGUCUUCCACCAUCACAGGCCCUGGGUCUGUGCCACCUCCCUGGAAUACCCAUGGUCUGUCACCUUGAACUCACACUCCAUACAGACAGUGCUCAACCAGGCCCAUGAGCAAGAGAAGCUCAUGCACAGGGUCUUGAGCUUGAUACUGUGCCUGGUUUCCAUGCCCAGAAGUUGUAAUUUAACUGUAGUCAUAAUAAAGAAUUUAAAAUUUUUUACAGGUGAGGCUGCUGAGGGUGUAGCUCAGUGGUAGAGUGUGAGCCUAGCAUGGCAAGGUCCAAGGUCCUAUCCCCAACACAAAAAAGCAAAACAGUUCUCCUGAAGAAACUGUGGUAGCAGACUUAUAAUCCCAACAUGUGUGAGGCACAAGGAUCAUGGGUUUCAAGUUAUCCUUGUCUACGUUAGACCCUGUCUCAAGGAAAAACUACCAGUGACCCUCAUAGACAGCAAAGUUUGAAAACACUGGAUUAAUGAAUGUUUCUGAACUACAAUUUCUACUCAGUCCUUUCUCCGUCAUUUUCAUCUUACCUCUGAUGAGUUUGGCCCAAUGCCAUGAGGAAGUAGAGUUGGGAGAGACUGGGACCAGAAAGGAAGGCAGAGCCACUACCUGGAGAGGUGAUUUAAGAGGAUCCCCAAGCUGACACAAGUGACCCUCCCAUGACAUACAGGAGCAUGUGAAGGUAGGGUGAGGGCGUUUGGCUGUUUUGUGUUCCCCAGGAAUGAGCUCAGUGGCCUUCAUGAACUAAGGGUUGGAUGUCCUUUUGUUGGGCGUUAUCUGUCCCAAGCAGUGGACCAGUAAAGUCUGUAGGCUGCUGGGCUGACACACUGGGCGUUGAAGAACAUUCUCUCCAAGAUGAAAGUUGGAAACAUGAGCUCAUUGGUACUUCUAGGAGAAAGUAGAUAUGAUGGAACAAUUGGACAGAAAAUUGCUCCCUGUGGGCAGGUGCAUGGGGUGGGGUGUGAUCUGAGUCAGAAACUCAUUAUCUCAGUUUCCACACAGUCCUGGAGGAUAGGAAUUACUCUCAUGAAUAUGAACAGAACAGCAACAGCAAAAACCACAAGAGGCUCAGAGACUCAGUAAGUUGCCUAGUUUUCAAAGCUAAUAAAUAGAAGAGGCAGGUCUAAACUCACAUCUGGCCUCUCUUAAUGCUGUCCUGCUGUGUUACCAGGCCUUCACCUAAAUGCCCUUCUUGACCGAUGUGUGACAACAUGAUGAAAUGUCAGCCCUCCCAGCAGUCUGAUUGGGGUUGCCCUCAUGGGAAACUACUCUUCUGGGGCAGGGGAUUGGCUGGUGAGAGGCCCAGAAGCCUGGGCUUGGUCCUGUAGGGCUAGGAUAAAGGUUGCUAGCUUCUGGGAGAUUUAGGCUCCAACUGGAUGAAGGUCAUUUCUUUGGGGACGUGGAUGAAGAGAAUUUAUGAGCAAGAAAAAUUGAGUCCUACAUGGAUCUUGCCAGAGUGCACUUCUGCCAAAGAAAAUGAAACUGACUCCCAAGACCAAAACCCUAAUUGAGGUGGUACACUGCCCAGGCAUUCCUCAGCCAGCCAGAACCUCCUCAGAGAACGGGUCAUUACACAUGAGCAUCCAGUCAGUGGAAGAGAAGGCAGCCAACUAAAGACACUCUUUAAAAUUGUGACAUGGAAAUUUUCUCAUAACUAAAAGCAAGAUACCCUAGAUAAUGUGAUCCUAACCUUGUGUUUUGAGUCAGCCUCACUCUGCAGCCAAGUUGUCCUGGAACUGAACAGAUCUUCCUUCCUGCCUCAUCCUGAGUACUGGGAUUUCAGACAUGCAUCACCACAACUUUACAUUUUUAUCUAUGUGUAUUGCCAGCUUGUCUGUAUGUAUACCAUAUGCAUGUUGGUGGCUGAAGAAGCCAGAAGAGGACGUUGGAUCUCCUGGAACUAGAGAGGGGCCUGGCUCCAGGUUAUGCUCUAACCACAACCCAAGAGAGUGAGCAGGCUCCUCCUCUUCCUUAUAAGGGGUCACAUCUGCACACCUGAAGCCACACCCCUGGGAUGUGGCCACCACCGCAAGUUCACUGGCAAAGCAAGAUGCCACUACAGUUGUAAGCUACCCUGCAUGGGUGCUGGGAACUGAAACUGAGUCUACUAUAAGAACUACAAGUUCUUUUCAGUACUGAGCUAUCUCUCCAGCCCCACAAAUCAUUUGAUGAGGGUCUUUCCUUCUGUUUAUGAUUUUGUAUUUUCUUCUCUUUUUUUGCCAUCAAGUAUUUCAGCAAUAGAAAGAUACCAAUAUGUGUAAUGUCA